AUGAGGACGACAACGCUUAUGUCCGCCACACCGAGGGCCGUCAAGCCCCCUAGGAGGAACGACGACCGCGUCAUCCUGCAUUUUGACUACGACUGCUUCUACGCCAGCGUCUUCGAGAACGAGAACCCAUCCCUCAAAUCGCAGCCCCUGGGCAUCAAGCAGAAGAGCAUCCUCGCGACAUGCAACUACGUGGCGCGGGCGCGCGGCGUCCGCAAAUUAAUGCUGAUCUCGGACGCCUUAACCAAAUGUCCCGACCUCGUGCUCAUGAACGGCGAGGACCUGACGCGCUUCCGCGACGCCUCCAAAAAGCUGUGGUCCUUCCUGCGGGCGCACUCCUGGAACGACCGCAUCGAGCGCCUGGGCCUCGACGAGGUCUGGAUGGACGUCACCGAUGUCGUCGCCUACAACCGCGAGAUGCUCAAUCCGCACGCGCUGGAGGGCUCGUUCUUCCAGCUGGACCGCCGGGAUCCGGAGAAGGGGUUUGCGUUUGAUGGGACGCGGUUCUCGGGGUGUGUGCAACCACCGCCUCCCGCUGGUGCGGUGAAAACUGUAGAUAUGGAUGAUCCGCUCUGCGUGCGACUGAUGCUGGCAUCCCAUCUAGCAGGCUAUCUGCGCCACAAGCUCGAUGAGGACUUCGGAUACACGUCGAGCGGCGGGAUCUCGACGAACAAGGUGCUCGCCAAGCUGGCCGGCUGCGUGAACAAGCCCAACGGGCAGACAACGCUGCUCAGUAGCACGGCAGGGGACGUAGACGCCGUGCAGGACUUCAUGGACUCCCACACCCUCCGCAAAGUCCCCGGUAUCGGCUCGCGCAUCGCACACCUAGUCCAAGAGCACAUGGAAGCCUUCCCCUCAGCCGCAACACCUGACGCCUCUGCCAAAGAAGGCGAUCCCACCGUCCGCACCAUCCGCCAGUAUUCAUCCCUCACCCCGGAGCUCCUCGAGCAGAUCCUAACCCGCCGGCCCGGCGCCGAGCGCGGCAGCGGCGAGAAGCUCUGGAACUUGUUGCACGGCGUGGACCUGUCCGAGGUCAAGCAGGCCACCGACGUGCCGACGCAGAUUAGCAUCGAGGACACGUACAUGACGCGGCCGCUGCAGACGCCGGCCGAGCUGGGACGCGAGCUGCGCGCUCUGGCGGCUUCGCUCGUGCGGCGGAUGCGCGUUGACCUCGUGGAGGCUGAUCCGAAUGCAGCAGCUAUGAAUGGCUCCAAUACCGACAGUCAGGUUGCUGAAAAGCAACAGCGCUGGCUCGCGUACCCGAAGACGUUGCGUUUGUCUACGCGGACGCGCUCAAAACCAGAUUCCACUCCUAUCCCUACUUCUGCUACCUCCUCCACCGCCACCCACACCCACACCACCACCCGCGACAACGCAGCCUUCUCCCGCACCUCCCGCAGCCAGCCCCUCCCCACCUUCAUUUUCAGCCUACACGACGACAUCGCCGCGCUGGCCGAGCGUCUGGUAUCCGAAGCCCUGCUCCCGCUCUUCCGCCGCCUGCACACCAACCAACAAAACGGAUGGAACCUUGCCUUGAUCAAUAUCUGCGUCACGAACAUGGUGGUGGUUGCUACGGAUGCGGAAGAUGGGAGGGGUGGUGGUGGAAGUAGUGGUGGGAAAGGGGGAGGUAGGGAUAUCAGCCGCAUGUUCAAGACCCAGGAGGACAAGCUGAGGGAGUUCACUGUUUAUGAUACCUCAUCGGGCGUAUCUGAGGCUGUACCGGGACCUCCCCCGGUACCUGUACACGAAAGCAAGUCCGAGCCUGCAGUGGUGCCCACAUGGCACUCUGAUACCGCCCGUCAUGGAACAGCAUACGACAACGACAACAACACAAAAUUCACGGCCAACUCCGGAACACCAGAACGCCUCGCGGAUAGAGUGGCAGACGAGACGGAGAUGGCAGAUGCCGUGCCGAGGCCAAUGGCCAACGAGCAGCCGCCAACCCCUAUGCUGUUAGACAACGAGGCCGACACAGAUGCAUGGGACGACAACGACGAAGGGGAAGACGACUCGCAGCGCUGUCCACAAUGCGGCCACGCAAUCCCCGUCUUUGCCAUGGCGGCACACAAGAGGUUCCAUGGCCUGGGCGACUGA